GAGCAAGGGAGCAGGGACGCUGGAGAAGAGCAGACACUGGAGAGGCGACAUGGCAGGAACCAGCCUCGGAGCCCGCUUCUGCCGGCAGAUCAAGAGACAUCCCGGGCUCAUCCCGAUGAUCGGCUUCAUUGGCCUGGGCAUGGGCAGCGCUACGCUCUACUUGCUGCGACUCGCCCUGCGCAGCCCCGACGUCUGCUGGGACCGAAAGAACAACCCAGAGCCCUGGAACCGCCUGAGCCCCAAUGACCAGUACAAGUUCCUUGCAGUUUCCACUGACUAUAAGAAACUGAAGAAAGACCGGCCAGACUUCUAAGCCUGGCUGCAGAGCACGUCGAUGUAAACCACCACCAGCCAGCCUACUCAUUUCUUCCGCUCUCCACCGUCCACCCCAGGGCACCACUCUAGCCACCCUGUCCAGCUCCUGCUUACACAGGCCAGUUCCCACAAGGAGGGGAGGCAGCUCCACCCCCACCCUCUUCCCUUGCUCCCAGCAGCGGAAGCACCUCUGACCCUCAGCUUCAGUUCCACGAGGGGGGAGGGGGAGUUAGGAGGGCAGGCAGUAGCCUGGGCAACCCAAAAGGCCCAUGCCAGCCCCCCCUGCCACGCGGGCCUCACAGGGCGUGGUGCACACUACGUGUGGAGCGUGGCCUAUGUGAGAGCCAAGACCAAGCAGAGGCCUGAGUGCCAAGUGACGUGGCGGGCCCCACUUUAGCCCAGGCUCUGGGCACCAGCCCAGGGGCGGUGCUACUUUGGCUCGACUGGGCUCGACCAGGCUCGUCACUGACAGCCCAGCCAGCUUGGGAUGAGGCACCUACACCCAAGGAGGUGAAGCUUGCUCCUCCCAGUGCCCAAGCCCCCUGCUUCCCGUGCCAAUGGGCACCCUCUCCCGCCUCACACCUGGGCCUCCCCCUGCCUUCCCCACCCCUCCCUGCUCCCCUCCAUCCCCUGGGAUCAAACAGAAGCAGCCGUGGGCAAAAUACAAUUUCAUUUAACAAAUUGAA